UCGAGGAGUGGCAUGUCGUGCUCAGCCGUUUGGCUCACCAUGAUGCAGCCGUGGUUGGAGCAAUGGGACGAUGCAGAUGAGAACGUGGUCGAGCCGACAGGACCACACACAGACAGCUCUUUCAGGGCUUACCUCACCUGGUACUUGCCUCGGACUCGGGCUCAUUUGGUCUUUCCUGACACGAACCCACAGCCACACCAGGCGAGUCUUCGGGAUGGCUACGCCAAACACCACGUGGAAGCACUAGCUGGCGCGGUGAGUCUCUUCAUAGUGUUUGCGAAUGGAUUCAAAUUCAUAAUAUUAUUCAGUAUGCAAGUAAAUUUUCCAUUACUAAAAUGAAUGCAGUUUCGACUUUGCAACAUGAUGGAGGCGGACUGCUCCGCUUACCUCACGAGGGUGGAUCACGGUUCCCCUAUGAUCCAGGUUGAGCAGAGAGAGGCAUGGUCCAGGCACCAUGACCACUUGCGUACAGUACUGUACGAUUUUGGUAGCCGUGUGGACUAUGAAGAGAGCCAAGGAUCGUCCCAGACCUCGACGUCGUUCCCGUGUCCGGCGCCGACGCACGAGCCGACCUCUCAGCCAGAUCAGGGACGCCAGUGGAACACUACUUCAGGUAACAUGGAUACUGAAUUUAAAUAAUAUCAGUUUUUGCUAUACUUUUACUAAUCGACACAAACAGGAUUCGGUCCCUCUUCUUCCUUCGGCCAUACUGGCCAUUGGGGCCAACAAGGAUCCCACUUCGUCCCACAGUAGGGGAUGUGAAUGUUUGGAGGGACAGCGCCAAUUGGGGGACCGUACCCAGGGAUGGGACCGCCGCCAUCGACACCAGCCUACCCAGAAUUCUAUCCAGAUGCGGGCGUUGGACCUUCUUCCUCAGCACAACCUGGGUUCGUCUCAGACACGUUCGUUCCAGAUAGCGGUGGCUUCAACUUAGAAGAUCUCGACAACUUCACUUCCCUCUCACCCGCGGAGCAAGGUGACCCCGAUGUCUCGGGCUCUUCACAGCUAGGAGGAGCACCACUUGGUUACUCUCAGCAGCAGACACCGCAGCCUUCUUUGCGUCCUCAGCGACAAAUGAGGUCUCUGGAUCGUCACACCUACUCGCAGGGCCAUGUCCAUGCCCAGUAGAGGGCGAAGAGGGUCCGACACCGUCGGGGUGGCUAGAUAUGACUUAUGUUUGUAUCUCUUAUG